AUGCUUAUUAACACAAGCGUUCCUACAGUAGAGGAUGUACAAGCGAUUGCAUUAGUCGCGGCAUACUCGGAGAACGGAUUUGUACUAAUAGCAACAGCCCUUCGCUUCGCCAUACAGAUCGGGCUACCUCUUGCUGUUGAUCAACUCAUCGCGAAAAGUCAUGCGCGGCCAAGGGUUAUUACCACCGAUGAGCAAAAUCUUUACCGUUUAUCCAGAGUUUGGCACGGCAUCUGCAACCUUGAGCUUUUUUUCUCUCUCGAUGGAGGCAAACUACCAGGCCUGACUCUUCAAAUGUCGUCCAGGAAGAUUAGGAGCCUGCUCGUUCAUCCGGAACGAACAGCGAUAGAUAUCCGACUUCUUUCGCAAGUCGAGCUCAAUAUCAUCCGUACCGAAGCUUAUACCAAGAUCAUGGGUCGGAACAGCGACUUCAUGAUCCAACUCAGCGAAGAUCAGCUCCGAACCACAGUAGAUGACGCUAGAGUUGAGCUGUCACUGUGGCUAGAUGAGUGGACCACUAUCGCCAUGACGGAGCCAGCACCACACCAACGUGCAAUAGCAUUACAAAAUUUGCAAAUCCAACGGGAGUGGGCGAUGAUGACGCUCUAUCUUAAAGCUGUAUCCUCGUCAGGGAUCGAGAACAUUGCAAUCAUGACUGACUUCCAACGCGACUUCAUACGUAAAGCCAAGGAGGCGGCAAGCUGCCAUCUACAUUACAUGCUUCAGUCAUCGCUAACACCAACCUCGUCGCCUGCAUCUCACACUACCACCUCUGGCUCAGCAUAUCUCAGUACUUUCCGCUGGACGCUUGAUUACGUUUGGGCUAAAUGCGCCGUAUCAGUUCUACUCGUUCUUAGGCUAGCCAUUCUUCUCCGCGACCCAGUCCCCUCUGUCAUGGCGCUGCUUCGUGACGCGCACCGCGUGCUAGAAGAGUUGAAGACAGUGACCGUCGGCCAUAUCGCAUAUUUCCAGAUCUUGCAAACCAGCAUCGAGAAAUGCGAAGCCGCUCUCCGGGAGUAUGCAGCGGAACAAAAUUCAGAUCAAGAAAAUUCGAUGGCUGGAGCAAGAAAUGGGGCGGCUGAAGACGAGUUCCAGGGCUACGUGCCAAGCGAGUUUGUGUUCGAGUGGGAUUUUCCUGGGUUAAAUCUCAAACACAUGCCUCUCGGAUGGCAAGAUCUAUUUGUCAACAUAGACAGCUUGUUUUGA